AGGCCAAGAGUGGGAGAGCAGGGCAGGUCGUUUCAGAGGGGGUUUGUCUGGGGACACCUCUCAAGGGGGGUGGUAGUUGAAUGGAUUGACGGGAGAGGAAGAGCCUGAGGUAAGAGCAUGUCAGGCAGGAAUAAUCAUAGCAGUGCACCUUGCCUGGAGCUUACUGUGUGUGAGGCCCUCGUCUAAACGCCUAAUGAACUUUUUACAGCCUUCUGAGGUCUGUAUUACUAGCUCCAUUUUUAUCGAUGGGAUUAGGGCCCUUGUAGGCAUGGGGCAGUGAAGAUGCUCCUCGAAGCGUGACGGAAAGCCACAGGGAGGUUUGCAUCACGGGAAUAGCGUCUGACUUCAGUGCUCUUGGAUGGAGAGUUAGCCGGAGAGUUGUGGAGCGGGGAGUGUUGGGAGUGGGGAGAUGGGAGAGUCUUGCUGCCCCCUGGGGAGAGACGGUGGGCGCCUGCACUAGGGAGGUACUGGCGAGGUGAUGGUACGUGGGCAAAGUCGUGGAAAGCUUCUGAAGCCAGGAGUGCUGGUGUGGACUUGCUAGUUGGAGGGUGGGGAAAAGGAAGAAGUGAUGAUUUCUCAGGUUUUAGGCUGGAACAGCUGGAUGGAUAGUGGCGCUGUUUCCCGAGACGAGAGAAAGGGGUUUGGGAAGAAAACCGUGCGUUCUGUUUUGGACGAGUUUUAGAUGCCUGACAGACAUAGUAACAGCAGUACUGGCGCUAGGAAUAACAGUAAGCACCGUGUAAGCGUGAACUGUGUGCCCGAUGGGGUUUUAAGCAUGUUUACACAUGUUAAUUCAUUUAAUCCUUAUAUCACAGCUGUGUGUGCCAGGAGCCCUCAGGGUCCCCACUUUACGCGGGAGAAGACAGAGGCACAGAGAGGUUCAAAGUGACCCGCCUGCUGGCACCCAGCUGGGCAGUGAUGGAGCUGGGAUUCAAACCCCAAGCCGUCUGACUUCCAAGCCCAUGCAGUUUAUCCCUGUAACGCCCUGCAAGUCGACACGUUGAGUAGGCCCUUGGAUGUAUGGAUGUGGAACUCAGGGGAAUGGUCAGGGCUGAAGACACACGUUUGUGUUUCUUAAGAGAAAGCCCUCUUUGGUUCCUCAUUAAGCCUUGAUUGGCAAGGGGAGAAAGGAACACAGGCAGUUGGCGCUGUGCUAACUGGCCUUUCAUUACUUGAUUCCGUUCAGGCAGCCAACAUCCAUCCAGGCUGAGGUUCGUAUCUCUUCUACUUCUCUGUCUCUAGUCCCGAAUCUGGUGCUUGCCAUGGAGUAGAUGUUAGGCAUGACUUUAUAUGCAGGAUAUUGGCUGAGGUUUGGGGAGUUCAGAGAUGAAUAAAACAUAGCUCUCUUUCUGGAGGAGCAGAGUGUGAGGAAGGACCCGUGGGGAUAAAACUAGAGUGGACGGAGCGCACGCUAAUGAGCUCAUCCUGGCCUUCUUGCCGCCCCCGCUCUGCCCCGGACGCUUGAGGGGUGGGGCGGGGCGGGGUCAGAGGAGCAAAAGAAGGCCUGCGCGGUCGCAGGAUGGAUUCGAGGUUCCCCAAGAGUCCUUUUCAAGAAAAGAAUGACUCAGAGCCUUGCCUAGUUUACUAUAUUUGCAGUAGUUUUAUUUGGCAACCGUAUAAUUUUUCCCAAGUGAAAUACAGUUUGAUAUUUGAAUAUCAUGGUGGAGUGAUGAGUUUUUCCAGUUCUGUUACAUCAGUGUUGACAGGGCCAGCUGGUAAAAUAAGGGAGUUGCCUUAAAAUGUUGCAGCUUGCAUAAUAGAGGGCGAUGGAGGGGUUGUGUGAAGUGUUUAGGCAGGUUUCCGCCCGGUUAAGUGAAUCAGGCCAAAGUUCCACACAUCGGAAUGAGUUUGAGUUUCUCUGCGGAUCAUCCCGUUAACACUGAGCUGUAUUUCUUGUCAGAGAAAGAGGAUCUGGUGAUAUUUGUCAUGAGUGGAAUUGUGUGGAACAAUGUGGAAACACAGGAACUUGAACCAUACAUACAAAACUAGGAUUAAAUUAAAAGGAUUUACCAUACAUCUUAUGACUCUUUACUGGAGCCUUGGGAGAUAGAUAUGUUUUCUAUAAGUGGAGCAUAGUUGGAUUUCAUAGUUGGAUUUUUUAACCUAAUGGGAGGAACCUUUGUCUUUUAACAGAUCAAGAUGAAUGUCAUGUCUCAACCAACACUGAAAAUGUGACGUUUAGAAGACAUUUGCUAAGUCAAGUCACCUCAUGUGAAUCGUUGUUCAAGUCAAAGACAUCAUAAUGCAGAGUGCUUCAUCAGUACCACCAAAAGAUCAAGGAGGUGUUUCCCGGCUCACCAGUCCUGUUGAGAAACAGCUGACUCAGAAGAAGUCGGCAUCUCCUGGAAAGACAGCGCGCACAGGUGAAUCAAACAGCCCUCCUGGAACGAUUCAGGGUGGGAAGGGUCUGCAGGGUAAGAGUCAGUUUAGAACCAUCGCUCCAAAACUUGCGCCCCGAGUCCUGGCGCCCAGAGUGGUCCCGGGCCCGGCGCCCUCCCUCUCUGACCACGCGCAUCCAGGCCCCUCCCUCGGCUCGAAGGCCCUGGGGCUGCCCCCCCAGAAUUACGCGCUGAUGCAGGUGGCCGGCCAGGAAGGGACCUUCUCUCUCGUCGCUCUGCCACACGUCGCCUCGGCUCAGCCACUCCAGAAACCCAGACUGCCUCUGCCCAAGAACCUGAAGCUGCCCAUCCCCCGGUACCAACGCCCAGGACAUAGCAAAGGAGCCAGAAAGAAACCGGGGUUCAGCUCCUCCGACAGGGGCUGUAGCCAAGCUCCCGCCCAAACCCAAGCGGCCCCUCCCCUGCCUGAGCAUCCCGAGGCCCCGCACAAGCCCAGCCCACCCAAGCCGGCGCUGGCGCCCGGCCAGGCCCCGGCCUCGCUGACCAGUGGGGGUGGCCAUGGAGACCCUGGGCCCCCAGGGACCAGCGACCAUGGAGGUCGGGACCCUCCCACUGCCCCAGCGCUGUCCACACCGGAGGAGCCCUUUGCCGAGCGGGGCCUCCCGAAGAGUUCAGGGAGAGCAGGCGUUGCAGGCAAGAAGCCCUCCAGGAAGCCUGCUGUCGCCAGGGGAGAACUUAGAGAACAGGUCGACCCUGCCAGGGCCGCGACCCAUUUGUCGCCAGGCGUUAUUGGAAACGCGGUUCAGGUGGUCCCUUCCAUCCCCAGAGGUAAACUGCCCAUCCUGCCCUACUCAAGAACGAGGGCGUCGCAAGUUUACAAAGGCGGAGCAGCUGUGAACGUUGCAGAUGUUUCUCUCCCUGGGCUCAGGGCAGCCAGUGAUAAGACCUCGUCCAUCCCGGAGGGCUUCUGUUCGGCCCCGCAGGUGGCCGACAGGGCACCUGCCCCACAGGCGUCGAGGCAGAGCCCCUUUGACAGGGCCUACUGUCCGGCCACCAAAGCCGACCUCAACCACAAAACAAAACCGAACGGCGGGGCAGCCAAGAGAAGAGGAAGAAAACGGAAGGUCCCGGAUGAACUUCUGACAUUUCAGGGUAAAAGGAGGAAAUGUGUCAGUAAUAAGUGUAAAGAUGGCAAAGAAAGAGCCAAAGCCGAUCCCCAGGAAUCCAGGGACCAAAAACCUGGGGCUGUGAAAAAAUACCGUAGCAUCAUGCCCAAACCUGUCCUGGUCCUGCCGGCCCUGGCUCCCCUGGCCUCGCCCACGGCCACGUUACAGCCCCCGGCGCCCGGCAGCCGGGAGCACGCGUCGUUCAAUCACUCCCUCGCCGCCCCCAAGCAUCUGGGCUGCAGGCAGGACGACGGCCCCUCCCCGAAGCCCGGCUUGGCCUUUAGAAAUGGGUUCUCCGGCCUCAAGAAGCCUUCGCACGGAUGCCACGUGUGCGAGCACGCCUUCCAGCCCAAGCAGCACCUCCGCGAGCGCGCCAACACGCACAGCGACAGCCGGCCCUACAGCUGCCGGCUCUGCCGCAAAGCCUACGUGCGGCCGGGCAGCCUGAGCGCACACGUGCGGCUGCAUCACGGCGACUCCCGGCCCAGGAGGCUCGUGUGCUGCGAAUUCUGCGCGAAGGUGUUCGGCCACGUCAGAGUCUACUUCGGCCACCUGAAAGAGGUGCACGGGGUGGCCGUGAGCACCGAGCCCUCCCCCUGCGAGCCGCAGCUGCAGCCGGGGGACUUGCUGAGGACCAGGGAGCAGACUGCCCGAGGGAUGGAGGGACCGGUGGACAGGGAGACCAAGUCCAGCCUGGAAGAAGACCUCCUUCUAAACCAGGCUGAUGAGGUCAAAUUCCAGAUCAGAUGUGGCCGCUGUCAGAUCACUGCCCAGUCUUUUGCUGAAAUCAAGUUCCACCUGCUUGACGUUCAUGGAGAGGAAAUCCAGGGCCAGUUGCAAGAGGAGCUCUCACCCUCCCCAGGAAGCAGGGGAGCUCAGGGAGAACUGGUUCAACAGGCUGCUCCUUUCUGGAAACAUCCUGAGAGAAGAAAGCAGCUUAAGCACUGUCCCUUGGAUGGGGAACUCUGUGCAGUCCCCAGACUGAAAAAGCAACUCUACCUCCGUCAUCAGAAUGAUGUGGAGAUACUUGCGAAACGUGAAGGAGCCCAGCCAGGACCCAGUGAGCCCGGAGGACACCCCCAGGGCCCCGAGGGUCCCGGCCCCGACGCUGCCCUCUCCCCGCCCCGGCCUGGCUUUCGCUGCGUCCUUUGUGCACAGACGCUGGGAAGGAAGGAAGAGCUGCUCCUGCAUUGGGAAGAGCGCCACAAGUGCGAGGACCCUCUGAAACUCUGGACGGUUCUCAGCACGCUCUCCAGCCAGGGGGUCAUCGAACCUUCCAGCGAGACCGGAAAAUGAGACAGGGAGCCGGGGGGUAAGGGGAGGUUUUCUCUCCGCUUCCUCUGUUCCAUGGUGGUGCUUAAUACCAAAAAUCAAGCAGGUUAGGAUCAGCGCUAAUGAGCACAGUGAGCUUUGUACAGUUUUAUUUUAUUAUGAAAUAUAUAUGUACGGGCCUUCCCUGGUGGCGCAGUGGUUGGGAGUCCGCCUGCCGACGCAGGGGACGCGGGUUCG